UCUAUCCCAUUCGACUUUACGAUGAAACAGUUGGAGUGAAAAGCCACCGCGAAACAGGGACAUGAGAGGCUCUCGCGCUCGCGGCGGCGCCGCCCGAUCUACCGCCUCCGGCCUCCCAUGCUUCAGCUGAGACUGGAUCCGGGAUCCCCUCCACCUCCUCUCUCUCUCCUGCGAAGCUUUGCUCCAUCUGACGCCAUGCCUCCACGACCGUGCUCCAAGCCAGCGUCCGCGGCAUCGGCCAUGGAGGGAGCUCAGUCCGCCGAGCGCUCCCCAAGGCCCUCGCCGGCGGCGGCCUCCCCACCGCCGCCCUGCGUCCCGGCUGGCACGUUGCUGCCCGCAGGCUUCAGGCUGAGCGUCGUCCCGCCGUCACCGAGCAAGCUGCCAGCGCCUGCAUCCACGAUGCCGGCUGCUCCGUCAGGGUCAGCCACCUCCGCCGCAGUGCUGGCCGCGGUUGCCCUGGCCUCCCGCAAGGCUGCCCCGGCCGCUGGUGGCCAUUUGUCCCGCGUUGGGCUGCCUCCGAGGCUGGUUGUGGCUGCAUUUCCGACGGUGCAUAGCUCGGGGCUUCCCCAGGCCGGGUCCUCACCGCCUCCGCCGCUUGGGUGUCUCUCGUCCCCUGCCUCUGCUGACGCUGCUUCUGUCAGCGAUGCACCAUCAACCUCGACUGCUACUGUGGGCGCGCCAUCCCCGACUCCUGCCGGUGCUGCUACGUCCUACUUGACUCUUGUGGAAGCCUCGCCGACACCCCCGGCUGGUGCUGCUGAAGCGCCGCCCACAACCCCUGCUGCUGAAGCGCCACCCACAGCCACAACUCCUGCUGCUGAAGCGCUGUCCACGGCUCCUGUGGAAACGGCGCUGUCCUCGGCUUCUACCAUACUGCGACGGGUCUUGACUCAGAGCUACCUGUUUUGUGGAGCUCCUUUACUGACGGUGAAGAAGACGACGACGAUGAUAAUGAGCUAGCCCCACAGACGCCACCGCCGGCUACCAAAUCCUCGAUUUCGGCUGCUCGGCAGGACGUGGCGUGUGAUGCGGAUACAUGCGGAGGUUGGCAGAAGGUGCUCCCGCGGCGCCAUGUGCAACUCCAGGCGUCACAAGCCCCUGCUUUGGCUCCCCGUCCCGUCCCCGCUUGGCUUCAUGGUAGAUGUUGCAGAUGUCUCUUUCCUGGACACUGUGCAGCGGAUUGUCGAGAUCCUUUUAGAUGUUAUCGGUGCCUUGAGAACGGUCAUCGAUCGCGUGAGUGCCGCAAUGCCUGGCAUCCCCUUAGCUCCUUGGGAAGAGCUACUGUGUCGCCACUGCCCCGCCUCCCCGUCAAGCACCAACAAGCUCCAUCUCCAUACAAGGUCCAGAAAGAAGCCCCACCCCUCCCGAAGACAUUUUGUUGUGAUUCUUGGGCAUCGAUCGUUUCUGCUCCUGCUGGCUCAAUGGCCCCGACGGAUAUCUCGAUGCGGCCCACUUUGGAGAGGCAGGCCGAGCUGCUGCGCUCUGAGCUCCUUGGUAUGGCUUCCUUUCAACUUGAGAAAACGGUCCAGCCUCUGCGUGAUGUCGUUGAUUCUAUGAAAGGUUGGAUGUUGCGGAUGAAGAGCUUCAUGGAGCGAGCUGAGGCUGCACUGGGCGGGCUCUCCCUGGCGCCGCCUGUGUUGCGCCCUUUGGUUGUGCCCGAUGGCAACUUCGACGCUGAGAAGGGAGACGAGCUCCAUGGUCGUUUCUCCCCUCGUGCUAGGGCCAGCUCACCGCCAUUAGCCUCUGAGGGACUUGACAAUGAUGUGAUUGUGACUCCGGUGUCACAGAUCAUGCCCGAGCUUCGGAGUUGUGUGGGAGCCCGGUUUUGCCUUUGUGCGUCGAGCAACUGCAGGUAGACCCUCCCGAGAUCUCGAGUGUGGCUUUGCCACCAACAUCACUCCUGGAGUCGAGCCAGAUAGUUGAUGCUGAGGAGAGUAGUGAUUUGGACGGUGCGAUCUCUCGCUCGCCCAAGUCCAUUGGGCGUCAGGCGUUAGUCAUCGAGCGCGGAGUUUCAGAUGCUGUUGCCCUUCCCUCAUAUGCAACCAUCGAGCAGGUGAUGACUGUGAGUGGCAUGGCCAUUGAGCCAAGUGUGUUGGCACCUACUCCAACUCCAAAUUCAAAUGCUCUGUUUGCGAAGGAACUUUGUGACUUGCUCGCUAGCGUGGAGGUUGCUAGACCUGGUUUGGGCAGGUCGAUUGCUUGCCUCCUGACGGGAACGCCAAUAAGGGGCAAACAAAAGAAAAUGGGCAAAGACAAGAGUGGUGUCAUAGGCAAGGCGUCUCUGGUUGCUUUAUGGAUGAUCUUCGGUCUCUCGGCUUGUCCUCUUGGAUUGGGAGGUGCAUGGUGUCUUGUGUCGUGGUGUUCUUGUUGGGAUUGACUUGGCGUAGUAGUAGUGUCAGGGUUUGUGGAUGUUGUGCAUUCGGAGAGUUUGGCAAGGGCCGACUGUGCGGUUGGGGGAUUUCUUGCCGUGCGAGUAGUUAAUCCGUGCUCUAUUUGUGUAGGUUUUCGCCCAGUUUUUCUUAAAUUAACUGGACAAUUCUCUUCUUCUUAAUUAAUCGAUGAGGCAAAAUUUUUGCCUCC